CUGUCGUCGCGUGGCGCAAUUUUGGUUCAGUGUCGUUCCUGACGGUGCGUCGUGAUGUGCUGCUGACAAAAGGAAGAACAAUAGUGUAGUGUUCUGGAAGUUUUAGGGGAAAACUUAGUGUUUAGUAUAUUUUCUGCAAGAUGGAAGCCUUACUAAGCAAAAUUACCCAUGGGUAUAACUAUUUUAUGGUGGAAAGUCGAGAUAGCCGCAACAGUGGCCUUCCGCUGAUCAAUUCCUCCUGGCAGGUGCCGGCCAUAUUGGCAAUUUACCUGCUCACGGUGCUAAAGAUUGGACCCCGGUUUAUGGAAAACAGGAAGGCGUACGACUUGAAAAAUGUCAUAUGGUCCUACAACCUGUUCCAGAUCGUGGCCAACGGGGCGCUGUUCCUUGCCGAGUUCUACCUAAUCGGCAUCCGGACGAAUUUCAACUACGUGUGCCAACCGGUUGACUUUUCACCCACGAAAACCGGCUACGAGGAGCUGUACAUGACCUACGCAUACUUUUUGAUCAAGAUCGUCGAACUGACCGACACGCUGUUCUUCGUGCUGCGCAAGAAGCAGUCCCACGUGACCUUUCUGCACGUGUAUCAUCACUCGAUCAUGCUGACGAUGUCCUACCUGGCGGUGCUGUUUGUUCCGGGAGGCCACAUCUAUCUGCUCGGGCUGUGGAACACGCUGGUCCACGUGGUGCUCUACCAGUUCUACAACCUGCAGCUCUUCCAGUCCCCGUGGGCGGCACGGUUCAAGAGUCUGCUCCCGAAGAUGCAGCUGGCCCAGUUCGUGCAUCUGGCGUACCAUUUUGGCCGACCGGCCAUACUUGGAAUCGACUGUGGUUUUCCGAUGGUUUGGCAUUGGAUUGGUUUCGGCCAGGCGUUUUUCAUUCUGAUCAUGUCACUCAACAUCUACAUCAACUCGUUCAUGCAAAAAUCAAAGAAACAGGCUUAGAAAUCGGGUCAUCCAAACAAAAUUCUUGAAUUUUGUCCAAGACUGAAUGAUCGACAAUUAUAAACUAAUAGUGUUAGGGCUUAUUUAAAUUUAAUUUGAAUAGGAAAAUACAAAUUACACAGGAUAUUUGGGUAAACAUUACGAUACACGAUAAAGUAUUUUAAUAUACGUACGCAGUUAAUUUAUUGCUCAGUUGAAAAUUACCACAAGUCAUGGUGAUAUUAUUUCCAAAGUUGUUCCAUGAUUUGCUUGUUCUCUGAAACGAGAGCAAAACCUAAUCAUACAAAGAACUAAGCAUAAUGUUUUUUUUAUUGAUCAUUUCUGUGAAGUGAUGUAAUGCUUGAAAGCUGGAAAUGGAAAUGUUUUUGCUGGCAAAUGACUCUGGGAAUAUUUCACCUGACAAGUUGGAUAAAACUUCGGAAACAUUUAUCAGAAUUGUCGAAAUCGAGUUAGUAACUUUAUUCAGCAAACAACUUGCCUUGACGCCUGUAAGAAAUAAAUAUAAUAAAUAAUUUUAAUAAUU